AUGGCGGAUCCAGAGGGCGUCGAAGAUGAUCUCUUCGCUGAUCUCUACGAAGCAGAUGAGCCUACGGCCCAAGCUACUUCAGCGACAGAAGCACCAAGGCCUUCGAUCUCUGCGGCGUCUGCUGCUCCAGCUCAACCCACUGGCCAUAUCGCUCAAAGUGUCGAGAACCCCCAUUUCGAAGCGGAACCUCCACAGAACUUCUACCAGACACCCCAGUACCAGGGGUAUGAUGCAUCGCAAGCGUAUGGUGUAGGGCAACUGGAUGGUCAUGGAGGUGCCACGGCCCCUGCUGCAGAACCGGAGCCUCAAGGGACCGGUAUCAAAGAAGACGGGAAAAUGUUCAUCGGUGGACUGAACUGGGAAACCACAGACCAAUCGCUGAGAGACUAUUUUUCCCAAUUCGGAGAGGUACAAGAAUGCACCGUAAUGCGUGACAGUGCUACUGGCCGCUCUCGAGGCUUUGGUUUCUUGACAUUCAGGGACCCCAAGACUGUCAACACUGUGAUGGUUAAAGAGCAUUAUCUGGAUGGAAAGAUUAUUGAUCCCAAGCGCGCGAUUCCCCGUGACGAGCAAGAGAAGACAAGCAAGAUCUUCGUCGGUGGUGUGAGCCAAGAAGCAAACGAGCAGGAUUUCAAACAGUUCUUCAUGCAAUUUGGUCGUGUUAUCGAUGCUACCUUGAUGAUCGACAAGGAUACUGGUCGCCCUCGUGGCUUUGGCUUUGUGACUUUCGACAGUGAGGCGGCAGUUGAAGCGGCUCUAUCGCGGCCCCUCGAUAUCCUGGGGAAGCCUAUCGAAGUCAAGAAGGCCCAGCCACGGGGUAACCUGCGCGAUGAAGAGGAGCGGAGGCGUCGUGGCCGGGAAGGUUACCGCGAUGCAGGUCAGGCUGGUGUCGAUAGUUCUCAGCAACAAGGCGCUGCAGGCCAAGCUGGAAUGGGUGCUGGGAUUACUCCUCAGAUGAUGGCACAGUAUUGGCAGCGUAUGCAGCAAUACUUUGCCAUGAUGCAACAGCAGAUGGCCGUUGCAGCCGCACAGGGUCAAGGCGGCAUGGGCGGCAUGGGCAUGGGUGGAAUGAAUCCGGCCAUGAUGCAGCAAAUGCAGAUGAAACAGAUGCAGCAGAUGCAAAUGGGCAAUAAUCAGCAGCAGGGAAGCAUGAGUCCUCCGUCGCAGAGUCCCACUCCACAGAUGCAGAACAUGAUGAACCCCGCGAUGAUGCAACAGAUGCAACAGAUGCAGCAAAUGCAUCAAGGUCAGGGUCAAGGUCAAUCCAACAACACUGCUGCCGCUGCCGGAGGCAACGGCAGCGGUGUGGGUGGUGCAGCAGCAGGAGGCAACUUCACGGGGAACCGUGGCGGACCUGGCUACAACGCUCAUGAACAAAUUGCGUUCGAGCAGCAGAAGUACGAACAGCAGCAGGCUCGUCGCGUCAUGGACAACCGCGGUUUCUCGCCGUAUCAACAGGGCGGUCCAACCUCGUGGGAGGGCAUGUACGAUGAAGUUCCCCAACCGAACAUCCCAAGUGGACCUCAAGGAACUACUCCUCAACCCCAGGGUACUCCGCCAGCGAACGCCCCGACAGGCCCUAAGAACGCUGGGAAACCCGGUGCUAACUACCGUGGAGGAGGCCGCGGAGGACACCGAGGCUUCCACCCUUACUCUCGGAGCUAG